CGCUGUAUAUAAGCGGAGAUUGUUUCUGUCAAACAUAUACAGGCUUGUGAUAGCCAUAACUAGGAAACAUACACGACAAGAAAAAUGCUUGCCAAGCUGUUAAUUUCCCUCGGAUUACUUUGUCUGGUCGCCAUUUUGGCUGAGGCCGCUAUCCCUAAAAAACCUAAGUCCUUUGGAAGUCAGUUUUUGACCCAGACUCUCAGACGUGGAGCGAGGGGGAGAGGGCGUAGACCCUCCGGCCCCCCACAAUGUGAGGCUUCCGGUCACGCCGAGAUUGUCAAACCCGAGGACUUCAUCACCCCACACUGGAAUGAAGAACAAGAAAGAAGAGUAAUGGAAAGUGUCCGAACCAACGCAGAGGAAUGGAACAGGCUGCAGGCCUUUAACCAAUACUACAACCCACUGGACUACAGCGAAUACGGGUACUUUAAGCACGACAAGCACGAGUUUGGCUGUAAGGACGUGUGUAUCCAGAAGAGAGUUCCAGUCCUGGGGGCCUACCUCACUAUUGAAGAUCACAACGGGAUGAACGGCACCUACCGCUGUUAUGUGGCGCCCACCCAGAGACUGUGGUACACCACAUGUGGAGAAAAACUCCCCGCCCUGACAGUUAAGAUGAGCCACUCCUACCAGUGUCUCCCUGAUAUGAUUCAGGAGAGAGAGGUUAUCAUGUACUGCCCCGACAUCGUCCCCCAGUGUAGGACCAGGACCUUCGCCCUCCCCCAGACCUGUAGUCUACAAGAAGUCAAGUGUCUCAAUACCAUGCCCAAAAAAUUUAACCCAUUCCUGCGAGGCUAAAGCGUUCUAGUGACCACCGGAAAUAAUACUUAAGUUUUGAUUUUAAAAAACAUCAUGGGAUUUUUUUUCUCCGGAUUUUUUUCUUCUUUUUCUAAACGUUGACUUUUUAGAUAUACUAUUAGACAUUCUUCUUUUCGGUACGAUAUCAAAAGAAAUUCUGUGUAAUUCAAACUUCAUUUUGAUGGUAUUUUUACAUUGUUUUGAACUUGUUUUUUUUUUUUCUUCAAUUCGAUUCUUUAUUGAUAUUGCAAAAAUAUCUCAAUGACUUGUAUUGUAUGUAUCAAGAUAACUACUUCUUGUUACUUUGACUGUGAUAAUAGGGAUUUCAAAUAACUGUUAUAUAUUUGUUAUAUGUUUGUGCGUUGCUUCGAUAUAUAGUUGUAAUUUGUUUAUGUUUAAAAUUUAUGUUGUUUUUGAGGUAGGAAUUUCUCAACACCAGAAUACAUGAAAACUUGUGUUUUAGAAAUUGUACUUCAAAUAUGAAAAAUCCAAAGUGCCAAAUUCAUCAAUAUGUAAUCAAUAUGUGUACAUCACCCAUCAUUCAAUAUUAUGUGUGUAAGUGCCCGAUGUUAGAGAGUUAUUUCCAAUGUGCAAUAUUUUUUAUGCAAUAAAUAUUUUGGUUAUAAAAAAAA